AUGCUUAACACUGAUGCUACCAUCUUCUCCAACCUCCAAAUAGAAGGGUUGGGUGGAGUUUUCCACAAUAGCUCGGGGGACUGGAUAUUGGGUUUCUUUUCUCGAAUAGCUAUAAAAGAUAUAAUGCAACUUGAAAUUCAAGCUCUGUUUCUGGGUCUGCAACUGGCUGUGAAGUAUGGUCUCAAACCUCUAGAAAUAAACAUGGAUGCAGAGCAUUUGUCCACCAUUUUAAAUAGUCCAGACAUAGAUACUAACUUCUCCUCUUUGUUGGCUGAUUGCAGUGAGCAGAACCGACUAGCCGAUAGCCUAGCAAAAAGAGCCAUCUCUACUGUACAAACGUCCGUUCUAGCUACUGUGGAUCCAGUUAUGGAAACUACUAUGUUUUGGACUCCUCUACAGGAUCUUCUGAUCAUUUUGGGUGCUGAUAAAAGAGGAGAUUUUGUUACUAGGCGUGUGAAGACUUUGCGUUAUUUACCACCUAGUACAUCUGUAAAUAUUCCUACGAGUAUGGUGUUUAGUGUUAACGGAUGGUCUGUAAAUAAUGCACAAUAUGCAGAUACUAUGGUGGCAGUACUGCCAAAUGACUCUUUGUAG